AUGGAUAAUAAUAAUAAUAAUAAUAUAACAGAUGAUGGCGGAGGUGCAAACAUAGUCUACAACGAUGAUCAUUUAAUUGAUAAAGAGAUUGAUGAAAUAGCAUCAUUUAAUAAUAAUAAUAAUAAUAAUAAUGGUCAGUUGGGAACGACUACGAUGGUCAUAUCACAACCACUCGCUACGACUACAAAUACUCAAAUGACAACGACACAAGCACCAACUUCACAACCAGUAAACAAUCUUAGUCGAAUACCACUUCAAAAGAGUUUGGUAAAGAGACCUGAUAUCAACAUCAUCACAUCUGAACUAAUCCUUUUAAAACAUUAUCCAUCACCUGCAUCUUGUCUGUUUGUUAGAAAUAUGACUCAAAAUGUAACAAAAGAUGAUCUAUAUUUAAUAUAUUCUCCAUUGGGUUACUUGUGUGAUGUCUAUAAGUUUGAUGAUUAUGCAAUUAUUAGAUACUUUUCAGUGAUUGAUGCACAAAGAGCCUAUUUAGAAACAUAUGGUAAACUUAUCGAUGGAUACCCUCUUCGUGUAUCAUUCUCUUCACCAAAGUCGACAAGGGAACCAAAACCAUUGACACAUGAUUUGGCAGUUGGAUUACUGAAUCAUUUUAUUGGAUUCAAUGGAUGGAGUUCAAAGAUUGACGCCUCUGAAGUUGUAUCGUGGGAUGAACACGUUGGUGAGGAGAGUGCCAAAUACUUUUCAUGUCAAGUAAACUCUCAGGUUACCAUCACCUCAAGAGAUGGGAUGCAGUCCAAGUCGGGUAUAGCGGGUGGUUUCUGUGAGUAUUCAGAAUGUCAACUCGAGGCUCUAGGCAAUGCAAAGAAAUACAGUAUUUCAAAUGCAAGAAAAGAGGUGUUUAAAACAAUGGCCAUCGUCAUUGUAGACAAUAUCCGUUUGAUUCAUUUCCUUGAUCAACCAACUGAUGAACAAGUUGAUAAUAAUCUUCCUAUUGCUACUCAACAAACUCAACAACCACAAAUAUUGCAACCAAAUUAG